GACUCGGCGGCUGCUGUCGUGAGGCAAAUCUCGCGAUAUUUGUUGCCGCCGGUGGGCGCGAGCCGCGGCUUGGUUCUGGCGGGCACUUUUAGCUCUGUUUGUCGCCUGCUCUGCAUCAUUGCCUGGAACCUCUGGGCCUAGUAGCAUGACGUCUGCUUUGGAGAACUACAUCAACCGAACUGUUGCUGUUAUUACUUCUGAUGGGAGAAUGAUUGUGGGAACACUGAAAGGUUUUGACCAAACCAUUAAUUUGAUUUUGGAUGAAAGCCAUGAACGAGUAUUUAGCUCUUCACAGGGAGUAGAGCAAGUAGUACUAGGACUAUACAUUGUAAGAGGUGACAAUGUUGCUGUCAUUGGAGAAAUUGAUGAAGAGACAGAUUCUGCGCUUGACUUGGGGAAUAUACGAGCAGAACCUCUAAAUUCUGUAGCACACUGAGGAAAAACUACGUAUAUUGGACAUCUAAAUCUUGUACAGAAACCAGUUAUUCUGAGGAAGAUGUUUGGAAUUUUUAGGAACAUGUAAUUGUGAAUUUUGACUUCAUAUUGAUUCAGUGUAAUAUGUAAAUUAAAAUAUUUCUACAUUUUUAUUGAAAAAAUAUUUUGCCUAAAUUAUAAGUGUGGUGGCUUGGUUUUAUUUUUCUCUUAAAUGAUGUGGAAAUCUAUUGAUUCUGAAAACGUAGAAAAAAUCAGUACUGUGAUAUUUUAAUAUUUAUGAAAAACUAGUUGAAAAGAGAAAUGUUGCAUUAUAUAAAUUGUGCACACAAAUAACCUCAGUAGUGCAAGCUAUAUGUGUUUUUUUCAUAAUUUUUUUUUUUUUUUUUUUAAAGAAAGUCACUAGACAGUAUAUCUUGUCUUCUACAGGUAUUCAAGCCAUUGGCAUUUAUCCCACUGAACUAGUGGUGGUUUACCAGUACUUUAAAAAGUUGCUCCCUAGCACUCAGAGAUGUGGUUAAAAUGUCUUUAAUCGAGCAAAGAAAAAGUACUAAUAAAAAUUUAAUAAAUUGGGCCAAAAAUUAGAACUGAAUAUUAAAGAUGACCAGGAAAGAUAGAACUGAUUAAAAAGAUUGUUGGUAAAAUCCUUGGAUGGCCCACCCAAUGCAUUAGAUCUGAAAGUAAUAUGAAUACAUUAAUAAUGAAUUUUAUAAACUGUUUUAUUCGAAAAUAUAAAUUCCAUUGUAGCUUUUAAUUUUUAAGAAUUUUAAGAUUUCUAAUAUUGAAAAUUUUACUGUUGUUAAAUGUGGGUAUGUAAACCUUUAGUCUAAUUUGGAGCAAUGCUUGCUAUUGCCAACAACUUUCCUACUUCUCUAAACCUGAUCUCAGAAAUAAACUUGUUUUUUGAAAGAA